AGAGCAGCUACGGAAGCCGUCGCGUUUGCGCAACCGGGCAGCCAGUGAGCUUCCUGAAAAUGGCCAGCUGGGGAAAGUUCACCGCCGUCUUUAGGAAUGUGGUCAGGAGCUCUCGGGUUCUAAAGACUUCUACAACAUUCCGUGCAAUUGGUUCCGGUGUUUUGGGCUCUGUCGUUGGAACCGGGGGUCUCUGCUAUUACUUGUAUCACCACGCUAACGUCAGGAAUUUACCCUUCGCUGUUCUUGCAGAGGAAGAAAAAGAACCUGCAGCUCCUCAGCUGUCUGCCAGAAAGGUCCGUUUUACCCAGUUUGCCUCAGUGAUGUAUGAUAUGGAGCCCUACAUGACCCCGAGGGACUUCCUGUUCUCCGUCAUGCUGGAACAAGUAGAUCGAAAGCUCAAAAAGAGAAUCUUAACAACUCAGGACGUCAACAAGAUGUUGGCGACUGCCUCUAAAGCUCGUCCCGGCAGCGAUCUGUUCAGAAAGCUAGGAGACAACGGUUUAAUAUCCUACACAGAGUAUCUCUUCCUGCUGACCAUCCUGACCAAGCCACGGACCGGGUUUGACAUAGCUUUCCAAAUGCUGGAUGUGGACGGCAAUGAGCAAGUGGACAAAAAAGAGUUUCUUACGCUCAAGAAGAUCAUCGGCAAGAGUAAACUGAAACCUCCGAAGGACGUGGCAGAGAAAUCGGCAGAGGAAGGGGCGGCGGUAAACACGUCACUUCAGGCGUACUUCUUUGGAAAGAGAGGAGACAACAAGCUGAAGUACCAGGAGUUCCGCAGAUUCAUGGAGGACCUGCAAGCUGAGGUCCAGGAAAUGGAGUUCCUGCAGUUCUCCAGAGGCAUGGACACCAUGAGAAGGGAAGACUUCGCCGAGUGGCUGCUGCACUACACCAACGAAGAAGACAACGAAAUCUACUGGGAGAACAUGAGGAAGAAGAUCCCUGCUGGUCAGAGCAUCACAUUCGAGGAGUUCAAAGCCUUCUGCCUGUUCACCAACAACCUGGAGGACUUCGCCUUCUCAAUGAAGAUGGUCACCGAGGCCAACCGUCCUGUGGGGAUCGCCCAGUUUAAGCGAGCCGUGAAGAUCGCCACGGGCCACGAGCUGUCGGAGAACGUUCUGGACACGGUGUUCAAACUCUUCGACUUGGACGGAGACGACUGCCUGAGUCACAAGGAGUUCAUGGGAGUAAUGACGGACAGAGUGCUGCGGGGCCUGAAGGUGCAGCAACAGACUGGCAUCUCUGGCUACUGGAAGUGUGUGAAGAGAGAGACCCUGAAAGGGGCCAAGGAGGCCCUGGGAGACAUCAGCUGCCCCAUCUGACAUGUUCACACGUCCACCACUGCAUAUAGUUAUGUUUUAUAUUGUUAAACAAAUGGUGUGAGUGAGAUUCUACAUCUAUGCACAUAAAAAUAUAGGAUAAUACCACUGCCUUAUCUGAAAUCUAUGGAGCUCAUUUCUGUCAUGAAAGAGAAAAAUCAAAGCCCAAGAAUAAAAGAAAAUGACAGGAAGUCAUAGUUUUGACUUUCAAAUUCAUAAUUAUGAGAUAUAUAAACAAUUCUGAGAUAUAAAUUCAGAAUUAUGAGAUACUGGAGCAAGCCUCCUUAGAGAAACAGCAUGACUAUCGAUCUUAUAAUUUGAGCUUUGACUAAUAAUGAAGUUGAAAGUCAAAAUUCUGACUUCUCUUGACUUCCUGUUGGGCUUUUUUAUUUCUUUCAUGGCAGGAAUGAGCUUCUGUAGAAAAACGCAUUCACACUCCAGCUAAAGUGUGGGGCUUUGUCAUUUACAAGCAUUUCACAUAGGAACUAGCUGAUCAUUUUUGCAUUCAGGAUAUAUAUAUAUAUGUUUGUACUUAAUCAGGUUUAAAGUUUCCAAUCCCUUUGUUUUCCUUGUAAGUCAAUGUGUUAAACUCGGCUGAAACGUCUGUAUUUGAAAUGAGUGCAUGUUUACAGUGCCAUCAGGAGCUUUUUAAUGUUUGGUGUGGGGAUUUUCGUGUUUCUUAUCGACAUUUAAAUAAAAGUUUCCCCAGAAAUCCA